CUUACAUCUCCGCAACUUACCUCAAACUUAUAUCUAGUCUCACAUCAGCACCCACAUAUACACUAAACACACCUCAGCUAAACAAUGACAAUCCCCACGCUACUACCAGGGCAGGCUGGACUGCCUAGCAUUGAGAGCACAAAAUCUUACUGGCAUCGCAAACCCUCUGAGAAGCUCCUCGGGCAUCGCACCACAGCAGAGCUCCCUUCCACGGCUGAUGUUGUGGUCGUUGGCAGUGGUAUCACCGGGGCAUUUGCAGCGAGAGAGCUUGUUAAAGGGGACUGUAAGAAUGUGGUGCUCCUCGAGGCAAGAGAGGCCUGUUGGGGAGCUACAGGAAGAAAUGGUGGUCAUUGCCAGCCCCUUAUUUACGCCGCCAAAGCUCCAGUCGCUCAAUUUGAACUUGAUACCUUCAACUUCCUAAAGGACCUUGUAUCAGAGCACAAUAUCCCUUGUGACUGGGAGACGGUCGGAGGUGUGCACCGCGUUCCUUCACAAGAAAUCCUCGACAUCGUGACCCGGCAUCUAGACCGUCUAAAGAAAACCAAUCCUGAUCUUGCGGACGACAUCAAGGUUAUAACAGAUCAGGAGCAGCUGAAGAAGCUGCGAGUUUCAGGGGCAUCUGCUGCCAUAUACCAGCCCAAUGCGGCUAAGCUAUGGCCGUAUAAGCUUGUUAGCUGGGUUCUUGAGAGUCUCCUUGAAGCGAACGACUCAAGCGUCUUCAAUCUUCAAACAAAGACGCCCGUGGAGCACAUUCAGCGGAUAGGUGACUCAUGGGCUCUCCACACCCCUCGUGGCCAGAUAGCAGCCAGGAAAGUCAUCCUAGCAACUAACGCUUAUACCUCACACCUUAUUCCAAAGCUAUCUGGGUACAUAGUUCCCGUGCGUGGCCAAGUUGCUGCUCUUACCCCUUCAGACGGCAGCUCACCACUGGAGCAUAGCCACGUGUGGUGGACACCAGAUGGAGGAGACGACUAUCUUGUCCAGAGACCUUCGGGUGAACUUAUCACUGGCGGUGAGAGAUUAGGCUCAUCCGGUGGCCAAGUUGGACUAUCGCGGGACGAUUCGAUCGACCCAGUUAUAGCCCAGCGAUUGCGUACCUCACUUCAUGAGGCCGUCAAGCUAAGGGCACCAGAAGAAUCCGAGGACACUUCUCUUCAAGCUACUUAUGAGUGGACUGGCAUCAUGGGCUAUUCGAAAGAUGGCUAUCCCUGGGUUGGCCAACUACCCGCUUCUCUAGGCGGUGAAGAUAGUGGCCUCUGGCUUAGUGUUGCUUAUACGGGGCAUGGUAUGCCAGUUGCGGCGAGAUGUGGAAUAGCGGUUGCCCAGGAGAUAUUGGGGAUCGACGAUGGUGUGAAGCUGCCAGCCCAAUAUCGAAUUGAUGGAGGGCGAGUUGAUAGGGCUCGAGAUAUGAAGAUACCCUCAACACUGCUAGACGAAGUCAGGAUGAUGAUUGGUGAUGAAAACUAAAAUAUAUGUCUCAUGGCAAGGGCUAUGAUGAGGUCUGUGUGUGCGAUUAAUGGAAAUAAAGUUAUGCCUGGAAAAACCAUGAGAGAUGCUACUGUUGCUUGUUGAGACAGCCUCCCUUACACUAAGAAUUUUAUGCAAACGUAUUGAUACAUGUAA